UCUUUUUUCCUCUUGUCCCUCCUGUUUCUAUUUCCUCUCUCCCCAUCCCAUCCUCUUUGUGUCCGUCCUGUCUAUAUUCUUUCUUUUCUUAAUUCUUCUCUUCCUUCCUCUCUACUUCUGUCCCUAACCAAACCCCCUUUCUAUCUCCUCCUUCAUCUCCAACUCCUCACAGGCCUCGCCUUCCCCAGUCCUUAUUGCUCUACUCAUUUUUCCCCUGCCCAAAUCCCCGAGCCGUGAUGUUGUCCCCGAUGGUGGCUGGGGGGGUUGUGUUCCCGGGACUCUUCCUCCUUUCCAAGAACACGCUCCAGAGGCUGCCCCAGCUGCGCUGGGAGGAGGCCGACGCAGUCAUUGUCUCAGCCAGGCUAGUAUCCUCAGUCCAGGCUAUCAUGGCCUCCACAGCUGGCUACAUUGUCUCCACCUCCUGCAAACAUAUCAUUGAUGACCAACACUGGCUAUCCUCAGCUUACACUCAGUUUGCAGUGCCCUACUUCAUCUACGACAUCUACGCUAUGUUCUUGUGUCACUGGCACAAGCACCAGGUCAAAGGUCAUGGAAAGGAUGAGGGAGGGGCUGGCUCCCCAGGAGGCACUUGGGCUGUGGCCCGAGGUUAUCUGCACAAGGAAUUCCUCAUGGUGCUGCACCAUGCAGUCAUGGUGCUGGUCUGCUUUCCACUAUCAGUGGUGUGGCGCCAAGGCAAGGGGGACUUCUUCCUGGGCUGCAUGUUGAUGGCUGAAGUCAGCACACCCUUUGUCUGCCUGGGCAAGAUCCUCAUCCAGUACAAGCAGCAGCACACCCUGCUGCACAAAGUGAACGGCACCCUCAUGCUGCUGAGCUUCCUGUGCUGUCGAGUGCUGCUCUUCCCCUACCUGUACUGGGCCUACGGUCAGCACGCAGGCCUGCCCCUGCUCUCCGUGCCCCUCAAUAUCCCAGCCCAUGUCAACCUGGGGGCCGCCCUGCUGCUGGCUCCACAGCUCUACUGGUUCUUCCUCAUCUGCCGGGGGGCAUGUCGCCUCUUCAGGCCUCGGGGACCCACCCCUCCAGCCCCCCGCCAGCCCCCAGGACUGCACGAUGGGCCCCAGGACUGAGGGGAGGGAGUGGGUGGGGGCACCUAUUCCCUCCAGGAAC